AUGGAGACAGCGAGCUGCGAGCCACAGAGUCCAAGGGCUACAUCCGGCCCACGGCAUCGGAAUCAGUCGCCGGACCCGUCCAAAGUUCUGGGUUCCAUCACUGCAAAGACGGAGACCAUUCCGAGGCCAGCGGACGCUGUCCAGCGGUCAGAGGAAUCGGUUACAGAUGCAGAGGCUCCACCAAAGUCCAGCGGCACUGCGGAAGUGUCGACUCCAGGUGUGGCAUCAGAGUGUACAGACGCAGACCCUUGCGAAGUGUCGGUGGCAGCGAGCCCCGCCAAGCAGAUUACACGACCUGGGCUUGCCGCCCUAGCGGUGCUCCCUCUUCUGCUGCUACCCUGGUUUUUGUGCCGGGUGCUGGAGGUCCAUCUAUCUCCCAUACAGUUGCACGUUCAAGGGACAGAUGGAAGGGACCACCUUCCAUCGGACAUCUCGCGCCAGAAAGUGCUUGAGGUUAUUCGUGGCAGCUCAGCCCUUCCGAAAAGGUGGCAGAUAUCAGAAUCCGAUGCUGCCGCUGGAGACCCCGUUGUGUAUGUGACCACGUCCACAGCUAGCCGCUGGGAAGAGAGCCUGUUCGUCGAGCGCCAGUUUAGGCAACUCGAAGAGAGAAUCCGUGCGCUGCUUCUGAUUCGUGUGGCUCCCUUUAACCAGUGUGGGGACAGGGAGGAGCGCGACAAGGUGGAGGAGUUCAUCUCGGAGCACAGCAGCUACAAGCAUUUCCGAAAGCUCGUCAAUCCAGUCUGGAUCUGCUCCUGGGAUGGUGAGCUAAAGAGUGACGACGCAGAAUUGAGGCGAUCUGUGAACGGUCUUGACAGGGCUCUAUUGCCAUCCUGGUUGGCCAAUCUGGCAGUGCCGGAGUUUCCGUGGUAG